AUGCAUCGUGCCAUAGCCGUCUCUAGACAUGUCCCAGCGACGAUUGGACGAGGCCUUGUACGGACUUCUCGCAAACGACUAGCCUCCACUACUUCCAAUGCCUCAUCUGGUUCCAAACCAGCAAAAGUCGCUCGCAGGAUUUUAUUCUAUACUGUGGCAGCGACGGGCACGUUCUACAUCGGUAGCUCAUUCGUUUCCUUCGAAAACCAGCAGUACCGUGAGCUGUUCACCGAAAACGUUCCUUUGGGGAAGGAACUCGUCGAGUAUGGCGAGGCGCACAAGUGGGAUGAGAUCACCAUUGAACAGGUUGUGGUUACUACCGUAGACGCCUACAAGACCGUCUACAACUUCGUACAGCGGCAGCUGGGUAACGUGCCGACAGAGGAAACAAUUGAAAAGACGGCCAAGUCAGCACUCAAGGAAUCCAAAGAACGCGUAAAGUCUGCCGCUGCAUCCCUCAAGACUGUCGUAAAGAAAGCGGAGGAAGAGACGGUCCCGGAAGCAACCGCGAAAGCAAUCUUUAUUGCACGACAACACGGUGCACAGUUCGCUGACGAGUUGGACGACCUGAUCCGCAGAGCAGAGGCAUCCCUUGCUGGGAAGCCCGUUGACUCUCUUCAUGAGGCGAGAACCACGCCAGCUCAGCCCGGGUCCUCUUCAGAUACUAUCCCACCACGCGAUGACACCGACCUUAUAAUUGUGUCGGACAAGAAUCCUGAUACUGUCGUCGUUUAUGCUGCACCGCUUCCUAUCGGCUUCGAGCCCCCACCCGGCUAUGAGCGCCCCGCACCCCCAAAGCCUGCCCCGAAGGCCCCUGCGGAACCCACUCCCAUGCCCCUGCCUCUUGUUGCUCCAGCCGUGUCUGAAGUCGCCGUAUCUGAGCCUGUGAUUACCCAGCUCGCAUCCACGAUUGACAAUCUCGCCUCUUUUCUUGCCUCCAACCCUGCUGCCUCCGAAAAAGCCAAAGAUGUUCUUGAAGUCGCCAAAGGUGACCUCACUGGCCUCGCGGCACGUAUAGAGAAGAUCAAGGAAGAUGAGAAGCUGCAGCUAGAGAUGAAGCUCGACGAACAAGCGCGGGAGUAUACCACGAAGCUUCUCGAGCUCGAGCUUGAGGCACAGGAUAAACUGGAUUCGCAACAAGACGGCUUCAGGAAAUUCUACGAUGAGGAACGUGGCAGGUUCACGCAGGUUUACCGCGAGAAACUGGAGCAGGAAUUGCGCACCCAGACAGAACUUAUCAAUGAGCGGUUGAAGGAGGAAGUGAUCGCACAAGGUAUAGAGAUGCAGAGGCGAUGGAUUCGCGAGGUCAAAGUCCGCGUCGAGCAAGAACGCGGUGGUCGUCUCGCCAAGCUUGACGAGCUCGCGACAGGUCUCAAGCGCCUUGAACGUCUCGCACUCGACAAUUCUUUCUAUCUUGAUGAGAAUAUUCGCCCAUUCCGUGAAGAGCUCCGUGUGCUCCGACACAUCGCAGUCGCCAAGGAAGAUACAAUCAUCGCUGCAGCAUUGGACUCCCUUGAACAAAGCGACGUACCCGACAUUGGCGUUGAGCCGUUUGCAGACCUUGCAUCAUGGUUUAGCACCUCUGUCCGACCACGCGUCUCGAGCGUUGCUUUGGUCCCCGAUCAGGACGCAGGUGUGCUCACGCACCUGGCUUCGCACUUUCUUUCUUUGUUUAGGUUCCAGCGGCAUGGACUCGUUCCUGGGUCAGACGUGCUGAGUGUAUUGUCGAGAGCGGAGUAUUACAUGAAUGAGAAGGAUCUCGAUAGUGCUGCAAGAGAGUUGAAUCAAGUGAAAGGAACUGCAAGGGAGCUGCUCCAUGAUUGGCUGGAAGCUGCACGGAGACGGCUGGAGGUUCUACAGGCUCUUGAGGUGAUACAAUCACAAGCAACACUCGCAUCACUGCUCGUCGUAUAG